CUCUGAUCUCUCAGUCUUUUGUUGGUCCUCGGGCAGUGAAAACACCCUCAAUUCGUGUGGUCGACAAGUUUCUUCUUCUCAUCUAGAAUGACAAUUCAAACUCUUUCUUUGGUGAUUGGGAUCGUAUCAUUGUUGGGAAAUGUUCGUGUCUUGUGUUACGAGUUGCAGAUCGGAGCCGAUAUAGGAACUUUGUUUAAUUGUUCGGUCGUUAUCCCGAUGAUUAUUUCCUCGGCUCUCGUUGUAGUCGUGGCAGUGACAAAUCGCUUUCCGAAGCUCCUUAUACCUUGGAUCGUCUUUAGCAUCUUGGAGUUGUUCAUUAUACCUCUUGGGUGUUAUUUUUUUAUGGUUGCUGUCGUUCAAAAAAUUCAGCCUAACACAAAUGAGAAAUUCUUUUUCACUACGUAUGGCGUCCCUUUACUCGCAGCCGUCAUUUUAUUCCGCACCUGGUUCGUAGUUUUCAGUUACUACCAUGAACUGAUGUUUGGAACGAAGAAAUAUCCAGCACAGCCCGACGACCUGCCGUUAUAAUACAACUAUUGAUUGUUCAGUUUAUCAACUGUUGCUGUCACUCGAUAGAAAUCAUAUUACCCAAUACAUUAGAUAAAGUCGGAGCUUUGC